CAGCAAUUAAUUCUUUCAAGGUAAAAGAAGGCGAAGGUCAAAAAAAGAAAAAAAGAAAGGUUAUCUUUGGUUCUUACAUCUCCAGCAUGUUUGACUUAUGGAAUCUGUUGGUAUUGGACACCGGACUAGGACUAAGCAGAGAGUUCAACCGGCACAGAGGAAGAAGUCGACAAGGAGGGGUGGACAGGGCAGAACAGAGGGCGUGGUAUGGGAAGCAAAGGGAAUAUAUGGACAGGGGAUAUGAUGUGGGAAUGUUCAAGCAAGCAACUGCCUUCUUCUUCACCAACAUUCCCAAUGACUGGAGCUACUCUAAAAUGUGGGCAGAAUUUGCAAAAUUUGGCAGAGUAUUCGCAAUAUACAGCCCUUCAAGAAGAAGAAGAAAUGGAAGAAGGUUUGACUUUAUCAGAUAUCUCAAUGUUAAGGAUGAGAAGGAACUAGAGAGGAAACUUGAUCAGAUCCGAAUCAGGGGCCACAAGAUAUGGGUUAACAUAGCCAAGUAUCCUACGGAGGAAGUUAAAGAAAGGGAGACAAGGAGAAUCGUAACCACAAAUAUGGUUGCUGCAGGAAAAUCAUAUGCAGAUGUAGUAAAAGGAAAGUUGGGAAGGGCUCCACAAAAGGCAGAACAUAUACAAGCAGAGAAGAGGCCGAAGUUGGACACCCAGAUAGCAAAGAGCAGAAGCAACAAUACACCCAGCUAUGGAAAUAGUGCCAAACCUUCAAGAAAAGUUUUAUAUGGAAGGUUAUUUCUCCUGCAGACUCCAAGCAAUGGGGGGCAAGAUUAUCUUAAUGGAAUGCGAGGAAUUAAAAGAGCUAGUACAGGGCGCUGCAAGCUGGAUUUCUUUGAGAAUAUGGCUAAUGCAUGGGGCAAGUUUAUAUGUCUGGAUGACAGUACAAGCAAGAGGAGGAGGUUCGACAUAGCCAAAUUCCUUAUAUCGACGUCGAUAAUGGAUUUAAUCUCGGUUAAGAGGCAGAUCAAAGUUAAUGGAGUCUUCUACAAUCUGAAAUUUACGAAAGAGGAAAUGACUAAUAGUCUAUUCUCAUUAAGGUAUGAUUUUAUGCCAAAUUUUAAGAGCGAUUCUAGCUCUAAAGAGUCAUGGUCGGAGGACAGCGAUGAUGAUGAGGAGCUGGGAAGUAAAUUCAGUGCAGAAAAUAACGAAAAUAUUGACGGAGAAGAAGAAGAUGUCAGAGGGAAAUGGGAACAAGAGUUAAAUGAGUUGGACAAACUGUCGACCAACACUUUGUCUGACAAAGCAAAAUUUGAAAUGAAGGGCAUGGGUGAGUUUGAAAUUGUGGCAGAGAGAGGUGGCGUGAAUAAGUGGGGAAGAUUUGACAGGAUCACAUACAACCAGCUGGGUGAGGAAGAAUCAGUGGAGAUGGUGGCAGACAGUAUGGAGGGGCUUCUAGAAGCAAGUGACAUGGGGAGUGGUGAAGAGGUGGGGCUUUGUAAAUUGGACUCUAAGAGUAGGACAACAAUGGACUCAAUAGAGAACACGAAAAAAUAUGAUUUGGGCCAAAGGCUAAAGCCCAUAUUGAAAGGCUUGGGUCCAAUCCAUGAAGAACAUGAAGAAGGAGACAAGGAUAUGAGGGCCCCAUUGGAUUCAAAAAGCAGCACCCAAGUGGGAGAAAAGGGAGAUUUGCUAGGAAUAUCAAGAAAUGAGGAAAGAAUGGACCACCAGCAAAUUUGCAGUGAGAUACAAGCAGAGACACCGAGCGAAGAAGCAAUGGUGAAUGAGAGGGUAAGCACCAGCGGAGAAAUAGACAAAAAAAGAAGAAAAAGGAGAGCUGUGAGCUGUAGAUCAAUGUACCAAAGAGCAAUAAUGUUUGGAUUAACGGGCCAACGAAGGAAGGGCCGAAGCAAAUCUAAGAAGAAAGCAGAGAAAGAAGGGAUUCCGAGCUUCCUUCCAAAUAUGAGUAAUUCGGUGGGAGGGGGAUCAGUGGGAGACAGUGGAAUAAAGAACUACAACAGGAUGCUGAAUGAGCAAAGUAGCCAGCGGACAAUAGCAAAACUAUGGGAAUUUGCAAAAAAAAUUGGUGUGGAUGCAGAGGAUGAGGAAGACGCUAUCAAGAUCCUUGAAGAAAUGGAGACCCGUGAUAGAAAAGAAAAGGCAGAGGGCAGCUCAAAGGAAGAAAGAAAGAAUAAGAAGGAUGCUUGUGGAAUGUCGGGUGGCAUGCUUUGUUUGUGGAACCCCAAAGUGCUUACCAUGUCUAGAAUAAUAGAGGGAGAAAACUUUAUAGGCAUAGAAGGAAUUUGGGGGAGAGAGGCGACCCCAGUGAGCAUAAUUAAUGUAUAUUCCCCAUGCCAGUUAUCAGGGAAACGAACCUUAUGGGAGGAAUUGAAAAAACUGGUUUCAGGUAGAGGAGGUAAUUGGUGUAUUGCAGGUGAUUUCAAUGCAGUAAGAAAGACAAAGGAAAGAAAUGGGAGUAGGGGUAUAAGCAGUGAGAUGAGAGAGUUUGACAGUUUUAUAAGAGAAGCAGAUUUGAUUGAUAUCCCGUUAGUGGGUAGAAAAUUUACGUGGUAUCAGGCUAGUGGGCAGUAUAUGAGUAGAAUAGAUAGAUUUCUACUUUCUGAAGGGUGGUUGUUCAAAUGGGGUGAUACCAAACAAUGGGGUUUAAGAAGAACAGUAUCAGAUCACUGCCCAAUCCUUCUCAAAUUUCAGCAAGUAGACUGGGGGUACCGUCUCAAAGAAAAGAUGAAGUUGACAAAGGAAGCGCUAAGGAAAUGGAGUAGGGACUCAACCCUGGAUAUUGAGAGAAAGAUAAGCAAUGCUGCAGCAGAGAUAGACUGGAUUGAUAGGAAGGGGGAACAAGAGCAACUGACGAAAGAAGAAAUCAAGAAAAGAAGAGAGGCCACAAUAACCUUAUGGGAAAAUAUGAAGAGAAAGGAAAGUAUGAUCCAACAGAAAUCAAGGAAGACAUGGUUAGCUCACGGAGAUGCAAAUACAAAGUUCUUCCACAAGUGUGUAAAGGGGAGAUGGAGAAGAAAUGAGAUGAGUAGCAUACACAUAAAUGGAGUCCAGUUAAAGGAAGCUAGCAGAAUGAAGGACGAGCUUGCUGGUUUCUUUGAGGAGAUGUUUAAGGAAAAACAGAGGGUUAGGCCAAAGUUGGGUGGGGUGUGUUUCAAACAGAUUUCACAAGAAGAUAAUGAUUUCAUAAUUGGACCCUUCAGUGAAAGUGAGAUCAAGGCAGCAAUGUGGGAGUGUGAUAGCUCGAAAGCGUCAGGCCCUGAUGGGUUUAACUUCAGGUUUAUCAAGUGUGAAUGGGAGCUAAUUAAAGAUGAUGUGAUUAGAUUCCUACAGGAAUUCCACAAGAACAGCAAGAUGGUGAGAGGACUCAACACAUCCUUCAUUGUACUGGUUCCCAAAUCGAACAAUCCGCAGAAGAUAGAGGAGUAUCGACCCAUCUCUUUAAUUGGAGUCAUGUAUAAAAUCCUAGCCAAGUUGCUAGCCAACCGCUUAAAGAAGGUGCUGCACCAGGUAGUGGGAGAACAACAGACGGCAUUUUUAAGUGGAAGACAAUUGAUGGACGGAGUUUUGAUUGCUAAUGAGGUGAUCGACAAAGCAAAAAAGAAGAAGAGGAAAACAAUUAUGUUUAAGAUCGACUUUGAAAAGGCCUACGAUAAGGUUAGUUGGGAAUUCCUGGAAUAUAUGAUGCAGAGGAUGGGAUUCUGUGACGAGUGGAGGAAGUGGAUCGGAGAGUGCUUAAGAACAAGCCUUGUAUCAGUUUUGGUCAAUGGUAGCCCAACAAGGCAAUUUAGUGUUUCAAAAGGUCUUAAACAAGGAGAUCCCCUAUCACCCUUCUUAUUCCUAAUCAUUGCGGAAGGUUUAAAUGGGCUGGUAUCAAAUGCAACUCAAAAAGGAUUGUUGGAAGGAGUCGAAGUGGGAAGCAGAGGUCUGAAAUUGUCACAUCUUCAAUUUGCAGACAACACAAUCCUAUUUGGAGAAGCUACUGAGAAAAAUGUCCUAGCAAUGAAAGGAAUUCUAAGAGCAUUUGAAAUCGUCUCUGGACUUAAGGUCAGUUUUAACAAAAGCCAACUAAUGGGAAUCUGUGUACAAGAGGAAUGGUUGGAUAGAAUGGCAUGGCUGCUGUGCUGCAAAAAAGGAAGUAUGCGGUUUAAGUAUCUAGGAAUCCCUAUCGAGGGGAAUCCGAGGAGAAUAGCCUUAUGGAAACCAUUGUUGGAAACCUUCAACAAGAAGCUUCACACUUGGAAGGGUCGGUUUCUUUCUCUUUGUGGUUGGAUAACUCUUAUUAACUCAGUACUAUCCAGCCUCCCCGUGUUUUGGAUGUCACUAUACCUAGUCCCGAGAGGGGAAGGGGCAGGAGUAAGUUUUUGGUGGGAUGAGUGGGGUGAGGGAGAGUGUCUUGCUAACAAGUUUCCAAGACUUUACACAUUGUCUACAGGAAAGAACAACAACAUCAAUCAAAUGGGAGGGUGGCAAAAUGCAUCAUGGGUGUGGAAACUGACGUGGAGGAGAAGCUUGCACAGCUGGGAAAUGCAACAAGAAUCAAAACUUCAAAGGCUGAUUCAAGAAAUCAAAAUAGAAAGAGGAAAACCGGAUGUAUGGAGGUGGAUACAUAGCUAGGACGAGAAUUAUUCAACAUGUUCAGCCUACCAAAGACUUACGGGAGAACAAGGCAGCGAGCAGCAGAAUUCAAAAAUGCAGAAAAUAUGGAACACAUCAAUCCCCAGCAAAAUCUCAGCAUUCUCAUGGCAAAUGCUUCAGGAUAAAAUUUCAAUAAAGGUAAACCUGUUAA